AGGUGCAGAAGCAGCUGGACAUGAUGGAUGAAAAUGGUGACGGCAGCGUCAGCAGGGCAGAGUUUGACAAGGCUGUCAAGCAGCAGACAGCCUUGGAUCUGAACGGCGACGGAGUUGUGACAGCACAGGAAGUUCAGCAGGCGAAGGACACUUUCAGAGCCCUGGACACCAACGGCGAUGGCGUCGUCAGCCGGCAAGAAGUUCCGAAGGUGCAGAAGCAGCUGGACAUGAUGGAUGAAAAUGGUGACGGCAGCGUCAGCAGGGCAGAGUUUGACAAGGCUGUCAAGCAGCAGACAGCCUUGGAUCUGAACGGCGACGGAGUUGUGACAGCACAGGAAGUUCAGCAGGCGAGGGACACUUUCAGGGCCCUGGACACCAACAGCGAUGGCAUCGUCAGCCGGCAAGAAGUUCAGAAGGUGCAGAAGCAGCUGGACAUGAUGGAUGAAAAUGGUGACGGCAGCGUCAGCAGGGCAGAGUUUGACAAGGCUGUCAAGCAGCAGACAGCCUUGGAUCGGAACGGCGACGGUGUUGUGACAGCACAGGAAGUUCAGCAGGCGAAGGCUACUUUCAGGGCCCUGGACACCAAUGGCGAUGGCGCCGUCAGCCGGCAAGAAGUUCAGAAGGCUCGGCUGCCAGCCGGCCCGAGCGAGGAGUGGCAGGAGGAGUUUCUGAGGCGAGCUGAAGCUCGUCUUUUGGCGAAGCUUGGGCGCUCGGAGGAGCCAACCGCCGCUGCGGAGGCGAGCCGUCGGCCAAAGACAAGUCGCGUUGUGCUGCGGCCCAGCAGCCAGCGUGCGCUGACGGGUCACCAGGGCCCUUUGCACCGCGCAGCCAAAGCGGGGCGCCUGGAGGUGUGCCUGGCGCUGCUGGAGGCACGGGCAUUUGUCAAUGCCAAGGACAUGCACGGGUGCACGUGCUUGCACUACGCAGCCAAAGAAGGCCACUCGGCAGUCUGCGCAGCGCUCCUGGCGCAGGCAGACGUCCAAGUGACAGCUGCCGACUCCCUGGGCUGCAGUGCGCUGCACAGUGCGGCAGCGGCAGGCCAUGGAGAAGUGUGUCAGCUGCUCUUGCAGCAUAGCGUGGAGAAGGCGCCCAAGGGCGCUUUCCACGCGCUGGUCCAGCAGACAAACAUCUGGGGGCAAACGCCCUUUGAUGUCUCUACGGGAUCAGCUCGCUACGCUCUUCUGAGCAAAGGUCUCGGAAGAGGUCUGUUCGCAGCACAAAAGGUGGAUGCGGGUUGCAUGAUUUGGCGGCCUUGAUAGUUAACCAGCCAUUCGUUUGCGCUUAGACAGGUUCACCAAUCAGUACAGACUCAACCAAUCAAUACAACCCAACGGCGACCAGCCAUUGUGGUUGCACUGUUGUCAUGCCAGAGUUGGUGGG